ACUUGUCCCUUUUCAACAACGGGCAUGGACCACCAAACAAGGUUGUUCCAGAUGCUUAAUGCAGCGACUUCGCCGCCACCAAACAAAUCGGCGGCGACGGCGUCGUCACCUCGAGAACCGGAACCUACUCCACCACCACCUUCUCUUCAAAGCGUAAGCUUGAACGAUCUCUUCAAGGGCAUACAGCUCCAGACAUCAUCGCCUUCUGUAAGUGCCAAUGGCAGUGCUGCUGGUGUUGCUCUCGAAAAAGCCUCAAACGCUUCCGUUGCUGGGCCCACGAUCGGACUCGGUCAUAUCGGUCAGCACACUCCGGGCACGAGGUCUGCUUCACAAGCUAGCGUGGGUUCGGCACCGGUAUCAAGUCCCCCUCCUCCUUCAGGACCGGCUCAAGAUCAGAGGGCAAAGUUGCUUGGUAUGCUGUCUUUUGGUGGGAGCGGCGCCGGCACGCCUGUUAAUGUCACUACAAGUGGGUUUCCAACGCCACUUUCGGGACAUGUCCAACCUGAAAGUCAGGCCAGUGCUCCAUUCGGAGGAAUCAAGAGCCCGGUAAUCGAUCACAGCAAUCCGCCCCAACCUAACAUCACGCCUGCUCAAGACCCCGCGAUUGCAUCCCCUCCAAUCGUGGAAUCCAACGCCACUCAAACUCCUGAGCCUGCCCAGCCUCAAGGGCAAGGCGAGCAACCGAGACCCAAGUCUGCUGUGCCCAACUUCUCUUUUGUGUCUCCUUUCGAUGCCUUUGACGACCCAACUCCGGUUGCUGUUUCUCCUGCAAAGGAGAAAAAGCCUGAACCCGAAGUUGUCAAGCACGAAGAAAAGAUACAAGCCACUGCACCGGCGCCAAAGGAAGUGAAGGGUAAGAAGGAUAAGGUCAAGAGUCCUGCUCCUUCUAAAGCUCCUGAACUUCCUGUUGCCGCCCAAGAGGCCUCGCUCAAGGAAGAGCCCGUGGCCGAUAAUGCCCUCCCGCAGAACCAGCAGGGCAGCGGACCCAAGACAACUCAGUCUCAUAUCACUAUCGACCUUUCCGAACCCAAUCUUGAUUCUCUUAUUUCCACUCCUGACCUUUUGUACAUCCAACCAACGACUCUAUUGAAGGUUGAUGUUGGAUAUAAGAAAGGCAGGAAGGUCGGGCUGACAAGGCAAUUCGUGGCUUAUACCAUGUCCAAAGGCAAGAUCAGGCUUAUCGACAGCCGUAGUGGCGCUCGGCUCAUGCUUCAAACCACCACUUCCACUCCCGGCCCUAUCAUCGACAUUGCAGUCUGUCCUGUAUACGUCGCGGCCCUCGCAGCGGACCGCUCUUUAUGGAUCUGGCGUGUCCCCGCUGGCUGGAGGGAAGAUAACCCACCUGUUGACUUGACCUUGAUUAGCCACACUACCGGUAGCGCUAUUGGCAAAGCGUUCAAGGUCGGAUGGUUGAAGAAGAACGGGGCUGACUGGGUGAUUGUGGCGGGUGAUGAAGGUGUGACGAUGUUUGAUCCUACCCGAGAAGGACGAGGUGUGAAGAAGGCCGAAGAAACAUUUGCGGGCAAGACUAUUUUCCGAACGAUGGGCAAUGUCGUCGAUUUUUGUGUGAACAACACGCAAAGUGCGAUGGGUAUCCUUUCCUCUGAUUCAACGUUCUCGCUAUACAGUACACAAAGCCUCAACAGAGUCUGGCAACGCUCCAUCCCAUCGUCUUCCCCUCAUUCACCUCCUUCUUCUGCCCACUUUAUCGAAUCCAACGUCCUUAUCGGAAGAGAGCAGAAUACUCAUUUCGAUCUUGUCCAAAUCACAGUCAGUCUUGCCGUCUUGUCAUCCAUUCAUUUUGUCGCGCCUCCAGGUCUGGAUGCGUCAUCGCAUUAUGCUCACGCGAUGUAUGAUCCCUUUUCUGGGUUGCUCUUCAUCACGCCCUUUGCCCGAAGCUCGCUCUACGCUUUCAGGUACGCUCUCAAGGAUACUGAGCCUGUAAGGGAUGCGGGCAGCCCGAACAGCCCUCAGGUUGUAGCAUUCGACAGGAUGGCAGAAUUCCCACUUACCCAACAAGGAUCUUCUGGAACUGGCGUAGUUACAAUCGGAAUGAUUGCCCAUUUGGGUAGAGAUCCUGGGCCGGGAAGGGAGGAAGGUGAUUUGGAGUGGUUUUAUGGUACGGCAGAAGGGUUUGCCAGUGCUAGUAUGGGGAAACAGGCGACGGGUUUAGUUAAAGGCGGCGUUGUUGCUUCUGCUGUAGCUUCGUCUGCGGCAGCUGCUACAUCUGUUGAGCCAAAGAAGGAAAAGGAGGCAGAAAAGGAGAUACAACAACCUGAAAAGAAGGAGAGGAAAAAGUCUGCUCAAUCUACUCCCACCAGCAAGACCCUUCCCCUUCCUCAAAAUCUCCCUGUUCCUCAGCCUCUGCCGAGCAUUGGUUCCCGGACCAACAGCACUUCCGGAUCAUUAGUGGAGGAGGCAGGUGGUGCCGCUGCUGCCGCCGCUAGUACUGGAAUGAACUCGAGGAAGCUUAAGAAGGAGAAAAGGAAGGAGGAGAGGGCGUUGGCGAGGGCGCAAGCUGCUGCUGAGGCGGAGAGCAAGAUUGAGGCUGCUUGGGGAGCUGAGACUUUGUCGGCUGUUCCAGAGGCGAAGAGCGAGAGAGCAGAGGCGAAGAGCGAGAGAGGAGCGGCGGCUAACGAGGAGGCUCUCAAGCAAAUGGAAGGUCGCCUUUCUACUCAAUUCCAGGAUCUCCUUACUGCUUCCAUUUCCCCUCUUUCGGCGCAGCUCGCCACUAUCGCCUCACCUUCGUUUUCCAGCAACAUUGCGGCUCGAGUCGAACGUUCUCUCCAGCCUCAAAUUAUGUCUUCUAUCAGUAUCGAGCUCCAAAAGAAUUUGAAGGGAUUAAUGCCCCAGAUGGUUGGUGAAAUCAGUAACGAGGUUCAAAGAGAGGUGAAGAGCUGUUUAGACAAGGUGCCAAAGGAUUUGGAGAAGGGCUUGGGCCCGGUGGUCAGUAGGACUGUUGCAGGAGUUGUCCAGACUUCUGUUGAGAAGAUGAUUCAACAAGCCAUUCGCUCCCACCUUCUUCCCACGCUCACCCAAUCAACCUCUUCCCUCACAGACACGCUUCUUACCGAGCUGAAAUCGGAGAUGCUUCAAAUUAGAAAAGAGCUUACCCCACUCCCACCACCCGUUGUUCCCGAGACGAAGCGAAAUGUCGGAGAAGAUGAAUUGUUGAACAAACUUCAAGAGAUGUCGCAGCAGAUGGAGGCCUUGCAGACUGCUGUCAAGGAUAUCCAGGGAAGAAACCUCAACGGUAUCAACCAUGCUCAAUCUGUGUCCAACCUUUCCACCACUCAAGGUCCUCUCCCACCUCCCAUUCAGAACACCCGACUUCCCACACCCGCCCAAUUGGAAGACACUUUCCUUGCCGCUCUCACUGCUCAGACAGUACCAUCCACUCUCCAGCUUGUGGAUGACCAUCUAGGCUUGACGGAUUACUGUUUGCCCGUAUCAGGUAAAAGUCCUUUGAGCCAGGCAGUUUUGUUGACCUUGUUACAUCGCACGUCUAUUGCGAUUGCCGACAUCCCGGCGCAGCACCCCGUGUUCCCCCAUCUCGUCACUUGGAUCAGACGCACAAUCAACCUCCUCGACCCUAGUGACCCCAACAUCAAGGAAUACAUUGUCCGCCUUUACCCUGUCGUGCAGACGCAUUUGAGCAACGUUAUUGCCUCUGUGCAAGCGUCUGGCAACCCUCAUGUGCAGGCGCAAUUCCUGCCGGUGUUGAAGGAGAUUGGGGACGUGUUGGCUGCCAAGGUUAACGUCUAGGUAUUGGAGUCGAGUCGAACGGGGGGGAGGGGCGUAAAGAGAUGGAGCGCGAGUGUGGGUGAGAUGCAGAGGAAAAAGAAGCAAAGAAAAGUCGCAGCAAAAAGUUUCUGGGACGAUAUCUAGUAAUGAAAGUAGUCUGUUCAUAAAGCAUGGC